CUCAUCAGCCUACUUCUCAUUCGCAGAACAGUGCUGAUGAUCAUGUCAAAACCAUGACCUAUUGGUACACCAUCUCCGCUGUUCAUGAGUCGAGAGCGCUUCGACAUCCAAUCCCUUUGGGAAGAGAGACUCGGCCGAUUAAAAAAAAACCUGUCACGGGCAACGUUGAUAAUGUAAUGUACAGUACAACUUGUUCCCUCCCUGCCGGCCCGGUUGGUGGUGGGACUCUGUUCCUCAAACACGGCCGAUAGCAGUGACGUUCCAUCCCCCUCCACCACACAAACGGGGUUGAGGUGGGAAAAUCAUCAGCAUACUUUGGGGCUUGUUGCCGCAAAAGUCUGUGAUGUCAGGCUUCUUGCGACGAGACGGGCCCCGGGGAGGGGAGAACCCCCUCGAAGGAGGGGCGUGGGCGAACCGCAAAGACUUUUUGGUCUGUCCACCUGGGUGUAAUUGCUCCCUCAUAAGCAAAGGCACCUUUCAUCUUGCCCCCCUCUCGUAUCUAUCUUUCCUCUCCGUCCUCACAAUACGAAAGCUGAAGAUACCUGAGAGUGUCCAACUACCAUCUUGCCCUUGUAUCCAUCUCUGCCCUAUACGUUAUACCUCCUCGUAUCAUAUCGUAUCGUUGUACCUUUCCCUAUCCGUGUAAACACAUCCACCCCCACGAUGAGGCUGAUUAUCCGCGACGAUGCCGAGGCCGCCAGCGCCUACGUAGCCAACUACGUCGUUGACCGCAUCAAGCACUUCAACCCUACACCGGCGCAUCCCUUCGUGCUUGGCUUGCCCACGGGAAGCAGUCCCCUCGGUGUAUACAAGAUCCUUGUUCAGAAGUACAAGGCUGGAGAGAUCUCUUUUGAAAAUGUCAUCACCUUCAACAUGGACGAAUACGUCGGCAUCCCCCGCGACCACCCAGAAUCAUACCACUCCUUCAUGUGGAAGCACCUCUUCUCCCACGUAAACAUCCACCCCCAAAACGUAAACAUCCUUAACGGCCAGAACCCGAACCUCGAAGCCGAGUGCGUCGCCUACGAGUCCAAGAUCAAGGCCGUCGGCGGCAUCGACCUCUUCCUCGCGGGCAUCGGCGAGGACGGCCACAUCGCCUUCAACGAGCCCGGCUCCUCCCUCGCCUCCCGCACCCGCGUCAAGACGCUCGCCUACGACACCAUCCUCGCUAACUCGCGCUUCUUCGGCAACGACGUUGACCAGGUCCCGCGCCUGGCCCUCACCGUCGGUGUUCAGACCGUGCUCGAGGCGCGCGAGGUCGUGGCGAUUAUCUUGGGUGCGAAGAAGGCGCUUGCGCUGCAGAGGUGUAUCGAGCAAGGGGUCAACCACAUGUGGACGCUGUCGAGUCUGCAGCUGCACCCUCACCCCAUGAUAGUCGUAGACGAGGAUGCGACGCUCGAGCUGCAAGUCAAGACGGUCAAGUACUUCAAAUCCAUCGAAAAGGUAGCCCGCGAACAAGGCUUCGAACAAAUCCUCCCCUCCAAAAUCCGCACCGGCCCAUCCCCUCCCCCGAUCCCAAUAACCCGCAUCGACGAGGUCGACACGCCCACCAUCCUCCACCCGCAGCCCACAACCUCGCGCCUGCUCCGCGCCUCCCCGGCGACAGAGUACCCCGUCCGCUCGCGCUCCACGUCCCCGGACAUCGAGCUCGUCUUCGAGAGCAUGGCCUCCCGCACAAAGACCCCCUCGGAGCAGCAGCUCCGCGCCGUGACGCCCGAUCUCGUGACGGACCGGAUGGCGGAGCGGAUCCCGGGGGUCCCUGCUGCGGUUACGGGGCGGUUGACGCCCAAUCCGGAGAAGCAGCAGCAGACGUCUUCGACGUCGAUUAGUAGGUCUGCUACGCCGGAGCUCGUUCCGGAUCGUAUGGCGUCGAGGAUCCCUGAGCCUGCGCUCGCGAGGCGGUUGACGCCGAACCCGGAGCAGCAGAUGAUGUCUAGGGUUAAUGCCGUUGGUGCUUGAAAAGACAGAGACCACUUUUUCUUCCUUCUUCUUUUUUUUCUUUUCUAUUCAAUCUGAGAUUGUUGUAAGCAUAUUGAUAUCUUUUUACACUCGCUAGAUGCCAUUUAAAGACGCAUUGCAGUAGGAAAGGAGAAGGGUUCUUUGGGGUUGAACAAGGCCUAAACAGAAUGUAGCAUAGUAGACUACGGCCAAAUAAAGGGAAAGGAAACAGAUGAAAACUUUUAAGAGACCUAGAUUUAUGACUUGGUAGUAACAAAAGAAGAAAGUUUUGUAUAAGGGAAAUCAAUAAACUCCUGGGAUGGGGGUUGACGUCCACUUGGAUGUUGCGUAAGGGG